AUGCCGCAUAUUCAAGUGUCAGAUUCGGAAAAGUUACGUUUAUACAAAUUUAUUGAAAAUGGAUCUAAUUUAGAACUUGCAUACAGAAGUUGGGAAUAUCAUGAAAUUCCGCUACUACCACAAACAAUGAAAUUUAACUGGAACGUAAAAACUACUAGUCUACUAGAAAGACCACGAUUUGUUUUGUUUGCUUUACAGACUGCCAAAAAGAAUGCCAUAAAAGAAGAUGCGAGCCAUUUCGAUCAUUGUAAUAUUACAAACUUAAAACUAUUUCUACAUUCUGAAAUGUACCCGUAUGACAAUUUGAACUUGAACUUUGAUAAGAAACAGUAUGCCAUUGCAUAUGAAAUGUAUGCACAAUUUCAACAGUCGUACUAUUAUAAAGUUGGAGAUCCAUGUCUUAGUUUGGAGCAAUUUGGUUCUUUUGCCCCCAUAUUUGUUAUUGACUGCAGCAGACAAAAUGAAUCAGUUAAGUCGGGAAGUGUUGAUAUGAGAAUAGAAAUUGAAACCAAUAAGAAUAUACCAGUUAAUACAGCAGCUUAUUGUAUAAUUAUACAUGACCGUAUUGUUAAUUAUAAUCCGCUAACUAAUGUAGUUCAAAUGUUUUAA